AUGAUUUUGGAUGACUAAGUUCAACAAAAAAGGAAAUUCCUAAGUAAAGAAUAUUAAAUAAUUGAUCCCUAACAUUAGUAAUAGAAUGUUAGAUUAUAAUCAGUCAGUAAAGUACGAUUACAGCAGGUAACCUGGAUAAUUAUUUUAGAAUCUAUGUCACAGGAGAGCCUAAAAGUUUCUAUUUCAAAUUAAGUCAACUAUCGGGAUACAAUAAAAUAAGCUAAUUCAAUAAAAUGCUAAACAAUAACUUCUCCUUUAAUUUUUCCUAGUGCAAGUUUAAUUAUUAAUGAAGAUAAUCUUUAAUUAUAGGAUAUAGAAACAAUUAUAGGGUUAUAAGGAGAUCAAUAAAAUAAUUACAAUCUCUAGGUAAAUUGAAGGCAAUNUUAUGUAUAUCACAUUGAACUUUGAAAACAAUAGAAGAGAAAAAGAUGAAAUAGAAAAAAUGAUUCUAAGGCAUUAAAUGAAGGAAUAAAUUACAUUUAAUUGUGAGCAAUGCAAAAAAACAAGCCAAAGUACCCGAACUCUAGAAUUUUCAAAAUUACCUAAAAACAUAAUUAUUUAAAUUAAUAGAUUUGAAUUCCAAAAUGGAGAGAGAUCUAAAAUAAAUGAUCAAAUCAAUUUAAAACCAAAGAUAUAAAUAAAAGAGAACCAAAAAUAAUUAACCUAUGAACUUUAUUCAAUCAUUAUACAUUUUGGAUAAAUACCAGAUGCAGGUCAUUACACUGUAUAUUGUAAAGUGAAAGACGAAUGGUAUCGAUAUGAUGAUAGCAUUGUAACUAAGAUUGAAGGAGAUUUUGAUAGAGUGUAAAGAAAUUUCAGGUAACUAAUCAAUUAAUCUUAUUAUAGAAAAGAAGAAACUCCAUAUCUAUUAUUCUUUAGAAGAGUAAGCGGAUGA